AGUGAUCUUUGCACGGGAUCGAGGCCCUAAAUACACGUGACAAUCCUACUUUAUUGAAUGCCUUGACUUUGGUGUUGUGGGUGUUGUCGGAAGUUGUAAAUAAACACCGGCGUGCCACAGAUCAGUCGCUGCCAGUCAGUGCUGUCCAACAAAUCGUGUGCCCCCCGUAUUGUACUACGUUUUUAUUCCAGGCUUAUUAUACAAGAGGAUGUCAAAUUAUCCGGUCCCUCCUCAAGGUGGCGUGGAUCCCAAAGCAGCCCAGUGGUUCCGCAUGGUAGAUCGGGACAACUCGGGUCGGAUAACUGCGGAAGAACUGCAGCAAGCACUCUCCUCUGGAAAUUGGCAGAAGUUUGACAUUGCCUGCUGCAGAAUGAUGAUCCGCAUGUUUGACAAGGAUGGAAACGAUACCGUGGACCUCAACGAGUUUGGCCACCUCUUCAACUACGUCAAUGCCUGGAUCGGCACAUUCCAGAAGUUUGACUCCAACAAGUCAUCCAGCAUUGACAGUCGGGAGCUUCAGCAGGCGUUCGCCGAAAUGGGCUACCGGCUGUCUCCAGCAUUCGCCGACAGCGUACUAAAGAAGUAUGACAUCCGCAAGACAGGCCAGAUCACUGUCGAUCACUUUAUCCUGUCCUGCAUUCAGCUGCAGAACUUGACAAACGCCUUCCGCGCGCGCGACACGGCCAUGAAAGGCACCAUCAACAUUGGCUUCGAAGACUUCCUGGCUACUUGCUUCAACUGCACGGCAUGAUCGGACGAGAGUGAGUAGGACCGACGGGCCUGCGCAGUGCACAUGACUGGGAUGGGGCUGCUGGAGCGAUCCAGUGCGGUAAAAGACGAGGGUGUUAGUGAUCGUGGGUUGAGGGCUGCCGGGCUGAACGCGAUGAUCGAUGGUUGAUCGGCGGGGAAGAGCCGAUUUUUUUCCACGCUGCGGUUCGAGAUAUUCCUUGGCUUGAAUCUCGAGAUGAUCAAAGUACGCUGUGCGGAUAGAUCUGGCUAUUGCUUUACGACGUAACGACACUUUUCAUGGCGAUUGCAUUCACGCGGCAUGGCAACACGAGUAGGAGCCGUCCUAAAAAAGAUCUGAAGGUCAAGUGUAUGUUUGUCUCAGUUACUGCCAUCCCUUGUUGCAGAUGCCUUACGAUAAGCAGCGUCGCCUGCUAUGUUUGACGUGAAUAGCCGUUUUGUACUUAUGAUGCCUUCAAAAAGCCUAUUUUUGUGAAGUUUGCUGUCUGGUGGAAACUUCUACACGCGUGUCUUCAUUUGUGAGGUACAUUGUUAAGACCCACAUAUUGUGCAUUUUGCAGAUCGCGGGUUCUUCGCAAAACAUUUUGCUUUGGUUUUGCUUGCGACCUGCAAAUGCCAAUCAUAGUAUUCAGUCGUAAUGGAAACGAUAGCUACUUUUCGUUGCUCGCUGGGGCAUGUCCUGUCGUGUAUUGCAACAUUCGGUUGUGCUUUGACCAAGGUGUUUCUUCAUCUUGAAGUGUUAGAUAUGAACUAUCUAAAAUAUAGCUUGGCUGUCAGAGAGUGCUUUCGGCCAGACCUAGUUCUCUUUUCUUUUACUGAUAUGCACAUUUGCAAAAAUCGUGGACAAUGUCUGUCGGUAGUAACAAAAUAUGAGUCCACAUUGUAUUUCUUGCAUCUGAAGCGCCACAAUAACACAUUUAUUCCGAUGUA